AUGUUUCACGAAAAAGAUAAAAACAAGAUUAUUGCUUUUGCAAAGGUUGUAAAAGUAUUAGUUGGUUGGGCCGCUGAUUCAGAUAAAAUCAAAAGCCUAAAUUUACUUGUGAAUAGUAUAAAUAAAGGAUUGAAGAAAUAUUUAGAACUUUCAGAAAUCAAUAGAGAACCACCUGUUGGAAUUAGUGCAGGACCUGUUGAUGAUAAUAACUUACUCAGUUGGGUAUCCACAAUUUUAGGACCUGUAUGUGGAAUUUUCAAACUUGAGAUUGAUUUUUCACACGACUAUCCACUUAAACCACCAUCA